AUGAGUGACACAAUUUUGGAAUAUCGUCAGCCGCACGUUUCCUCACUUAACAUGGACGUGAACUACUUGCAGAUUGCCAUUAUGCAGAACUGCGUAGCUAUGCACGUUGAGCAGUCGGAUUGGUACAUGGAGUUGAGUGGUCAUCCGUCAUAUUUCGUCCCUAAUGCCGUUGUUUCGAAGAAUAUAUAA